AUGGCAAGCAAUGAAAAUUUGCUUUAUGAUUCCCUUAUGCUCAACCAUUACAACAGCUCUUCAAAGCUUUCAGGAAAAUUAAAUUUUACAUGGAACCAAGACCUUGUGCUCCUACAGAGAACUGAUAUCUCAAACUUUGCGGCCGAAUCACUAAAAACAAUAGACAGCAGCUUACUCCCCCCCCCCCUCCGUGAGCGAACAAAACCAUUAGAAAAAUCGCCAUUUUUUGACCAAAAACCCACCCUCCGUGAGUGAACAAAAAAUUUUUUUAAUAGAAAAAAUUUUAAUGGAAAAAAAUUUUGAUAUAUAAGUGAUAAUUAGUAUAAUGAAAUCUAGAGCUAAUUCUGUUUAAUUUUAAACAAAUUGCGUUUUUAAAACAUAAAUUUUGCAAAUUAAAUUAAUAUUUGCUUCCCAAUUUUUGCAAAUUAGGAUUUUUUUAAAUUUCGAAAAAAAUAUUUUUUAUAAAAUUUAUAUAUAUAAAUUUUUUUUAAAAAAAAAAAUUAACCCCCCUCCGUGAGCGAACAAAAUUUUUUUGUUCGCUCACGGGGGGGGGGGGGGGGAGUUAGCAAAUCUAGGUUUCGAGCCGAUUGAGAAAAAAACGGAAAAAGAGAAAACCAAGAGCCCUUCAACAGAGUCUGACCUCAGUGUAAAGCUUAAAGCUUUGAGCUCCACAUAUAGAAGUAAUAAUUCACAAACCCUAAGCUCUAGCAAAAAGAUGAAGGUAACUGAUAGGAAUUUCUUGAGUGACGAAAUAAGGCAGAAUAAAAAAAUAGAAGAAAUUCAGAAUUUUAUAGCAGAAAGAGAGCAGACAAGAAGAGUUCAUCUACAAAGAGCAGGAUCUAUAAGCAGCCAAGGGAUGAGGAAAGAAUUAAGGACUGCGCAUAGUUUAAGAAGAAUGGAUCCUACAACUGUGAAUUUUAUAUAGAGAAAUAAUGUAACUACAGAAAGGCCAAACUCAUCAAGCACUGUUGCUUUUGGGGCAAGAAGCCAGAUGGCAAAAUAUUCAAACACGAAUAUUUUGAAAAAAAUAAGGGUUAUCAGGAAAAAACCCUCCGUUAUUUGUGACGGUAAAAAGGAAGCAGGAAAAAACUUAAUUGAUUUUUUUUCCUGAUGACCUAAAAAUAAAUGGGGGUAAAAAAUAUCAAAAAUCUUUGUUAUAA